GCGCGCCUCGCCGCUAUGGCGGCGGAGCUGUCCAGUCAGCCGCCGGCGACUUCCCCUCAGGAAGUCUGGUCUCCGCCUCCUGCUCUCACCCCGCUUGCUCGGCGGCGGAGGCAGCGGUGGCGGCAGCGGUUGUCCCUGCCUCUCCGCCUCCUCCACCUCGGCCUACCCACUGGCCGGCGGCGUUGGCGGGGAGGGGGACAGUAGUUGUAGACGGCCGCCCCUGCCUCAGAGAAGAUACCACGUUGAAUGAGCAAAGACUGAACUUUUUACAGAUACCUUUUGUAAAAGGCUUAUAAGGAAUAGUGCCAUAAUUUGAAUUGCAGUGGAUUUCACGUUAUGAGAGAAUCCCUUGUCAACCUAAUGAAGCAUUCAAAGAAGACAUCUGACUCUUUUCGAGAUGAACUUGCAGAUUACAUCAAACUGCAGAAAGCCAGAGGCUUAGAGCCAAAGACUUGUUUCAGAAAGAGGAGAGAGGAUUAUUUGGAAACCUGUGGAUACAAAGAAGAGGUUAAUUUUAGACCCAGGUGUAGAAUGUUUGAUCAAAGACUCCCUUAUGAACCCGUCCAGACCUACCGAAGAUCAUGCAAUAUUUCACCAGCAGUGGAGAAGCGGUUACCUCAGUGGCUACCAGCUCAUGACAGCAGGCUGAGACUAGACUCCCUGAGCUACUGUCAAUUCACCAGGGACUGUUUCUCAGGAAAACCAGUAGCCCUGAACUUUAGUCAACAAGAGUAUAGCUGUAGCUCAUACAGUGUAGAAUCUGGAGUUUACAGGCACCUCUCCUUAGAAAACAGUACCAGUGCCCAUCAAGCUAGUUAUAAACAGAUACACCAGAAGAGAAAAAGACACCCAGAGGAAGGCUGGGAAAAACCAGGAGAGGAGUGGCCCAAGCAUAAGAGGAAGAAAGCUUAUGAGGAAAUAGAUUUAGAACAACACAAGAGCAUCCAAAGAAACAAAACAGAGGUGGAAACAGUCAGAGUCAGUAGAAAGCUUAAGAACCGAAAGGGCAAGAAAAGCCAAGAUGUAGCCGCUAAGAAAGAGGAACGUAAGCGUAGAAAAGAGAAAAAGGAACAAGGGAAAGAAAGGACAGAAGAGGAUAUGCUUUGGGACCAGGCUAUCCUUGGAUUUUGAAGCUCUUGCAUUGGUUCUCCUGAGGUUAAACUGAAAAAAUAGUUGAGGAGCUUGGUUUUACGAUGUCCAUGUUCAUAUUGCUUUUUUCAUGUGAACAGGUACAAAGGCUAAGUGCACAGAAAACAUUUAGUGUACUUGCUCUCCAACAUGGAAAUUACUUUUCCUCUCUUCUAAAAUCAUUACUACAGUUUUCUUAUACAUAAUGUAAUUUCCCUUAAUGAGGGUGGCUCUGCUUUUAUUCAUCAAAUUGCUGUGAUGGUGGAAAUAUUUUUCCCUUGGGAGGUCAUUUAUUUUAAAUUGGAGGAUUAAUAGGCCUUACAAAGUCUAUUUCUUGAUUGGGUUUUAGUUUGGGGUGGGUAUUUUUAUAUUAGUUUUCUCUGUGAAGCAGUUUAG